GGCUCCUUGUCAAGAGGGCAGUGGUCUCAACUCCCGCUUUAGGGUUUUGAAUUUCUUCGAUGGAAAGUUGUCGCUGCCUCGGCAAUUGUUCCGGUGGCAUCCAUUCCCUCGCUUGAUUCGGAUCGAUGUGCAGGGUUGGAAUGUCAUGAGAGCUCUGCUGUGGAGGUCUGUUAUGGUGAUCUACUGCUUCACUCGAAAGGGACUGGGGCUGUCUUGAGGAGGUUACAAUUUCAGCUGGCAUUAGUGAGGGGAAGCAAGGUCAUUGGCGAUUCGAUCGAACCACUUCGAGGGGCGGAGGAAGAGUCGUGAAGAUGAACCUUUUCAAGAAGAAGCCGGAUGCGAAAGAGGUGCUGAGAGCGAGUAAGCGGGAGAUGUCCAAUGCUACCAGGGGGAUCGAGAGAGAGAUCAAUUCCUUACAAAUAGAGGAAAAGAAGCUAGUGGCCGAAAUAAAAAAGACGGCCAAAGCUGGCAAUGACGCAGCUACCAAAAUCUUAGCACGGCAGCUGAUCCGGCUGCGGCAACAAAUUACAAAGCUACAAGAGAGUAGAGCCCAAAUGCGCGGGGUUGCCACGCAUACCCAGGCUAUGCAUGCAAACACAGCAGUGGCUGGCGCCAUGAAGGGAGCAACUAAAGCAAUGGCCUCUAUGAACAAGCAAAUGGAGCCUGCUAAGACGGCUAAGAUCAUGCAAGAAUUCCAGCGUCAGUCAGCUCAGAUGGACAUGACUACGGAGAUGAUGUCCGAUUCGAUCGAUGAUGCAUUAGACGAUGAUGAGGCUGAGGAAGAGACAGAAGAGCUUACCGCCCAGGUCCUUGAUGAAAUCGGCGUCGAUAUUGCCACUCAGAUGAGUGCUGCGCCGAAAGGGAAACUCGGUGCAGGCAAAGCUAGGGUCCCCAAUGCUAGCAGCUCUGGUAUCGAUGCAGUGGACUUGGAAGCUAGGCUGGCGGCUUUGCGAAGUGGAUGAGCACGACUGUUUCACCCCGAAAUACUUGUACAUAAUUCCUGAUGGCUCCCGUACUUUCCGGCAGUUAACUUGCAGUAUUUUAGAACUUGAUCCCUUGGCUGGCCAUUGAUUUGGCUGGUUUAGUUUGAAUGUACGAAAUGCUGUUGUAUUCAAAAUUAAGGAAAAUAAAAAUUGUUUUAGCAUCAAACAU